AUGCUACAGGAGAACAACUGGACAGCAAUCAAAGAGUUCAUUCUUGUGGGCUUUCCUACACUUCAAUCUGAAUAUUAUGGCUUAGUUGCAUUCAUAUUUUGUGUUGUAUAUGUAAUCACAAUCAUAGGGAACAUUCUUCUAGUAGUAACAUUUGUGUGUGAGCCAAAGCUCCAUAAACCUAUGUACAUUAUCAUGUUAAGCUUGGCUCUGUCUGACAUAGGAUUCAGUACUGUUACUUUACCUAAGAUAAUAUCCCGAUACUGGUUUAAUGAUAAAUUUAUUCAAUUUCAUGUGUGCCUUGCCCAAAUGUUACUAGUUCAUUACUUUGGGACUGUAAACUCUUACAUCAUGUGGGUUAUGGCUUUGGAUCGAUACAUAGCCAUAUGCUUUCCUCUUAGAUACCCUGUGGUCAUGAAAAAUAGUACAAUGACUGUUCUCAAUUUUGUUGCAUGGGCAAUCGCCUUCACCACAACUGGCGCUAUGACUGUCUUGGAUGCUGCAUUACCAUAUUGUGGGCCAAACCUUAUCUACCAGUGUUACUGUGAUCAUAAUUCUGUUGUUAGACUGUCAUGUGCUGAUUACAGCUUUCCGAAUUUGGUUGCCUUUACAUUAGCUAUGGUGGUGCUUCUGAUACCCCUAGUGUUCAUUGUCUACUCCUACAUCCACAUCAUUUACAGUGUAGUGAAAAUAGCCAGUUCACAGGGCCAGUGGAAAACAUUUUCCACUUGUGCCACACAAAUGUGUAUCAUAAGCCUUUAUUAUUUGCCCCGCUGCACUGUCUAUAUUUUUAAUAUUACAGGUCUCUACAUGAACUUAGAUCUUCGCAUUGCUCUUAUCCUAUUCUAUAGUCUGUUUCCUCCUCUUGUAAACCCUUUUAUCUACUGCUUCAGAACAAAAGAGAUCAAACAAACACUGGCUCGCUGGUUUAGUGUGAUGAGCCUGGGGAACAAGUCCUCCAUUGCUGCUAUUCCAAGAUGA